AUUUGUUGACAAAAUGGUUCUCAAGAAAACAAUUAGUGUUGAUGGUGAUCUAAAAAUGGGUGGUUCUGUUGUAUGGGUUGAGCGAUCUUCCAUUGAUGUUCAACUUGGAGUCACUCAGCUAUCAAUCGAUGAAUUGAAGUGGCCUAGUACGGAGAGAAGCCAACGACUCCCAAGGGGUGCACCCAUGAGAACACCACCUAUCUCCGAGCAACCUCGGUUCAUGAAGCACAACAACAACUCCACAUCCACUGUGGUCCCUUCAGAAGGUGAAAACUCAGUUUCUAAGGACAAGAUGAGUAAGGAUCCAGAAAAUGAGAAACCAAAAUUAUUGAUCAGGCUUACUAGAGAAGAGAUUGAAGAAGAUUAUCUUGCAAUGACUGGAAAAAAGAUUCCAAGAAACAAGAUGAGGAGGGACUAUCUAGUGGUCUGA